AUGCACAGAUGUGCGUGAAAGAAGAGGAAGCAGCAACUCGAAGAGCAGCACAACACCACACAACAAUGUUUUUGGGAGAGCUGAAAAAUUGACUAAAAUUACACACAAAUUUGUGUAAGAACUAAAGAACGGCCGUUGCAAAAACAAAACUUCAAGAUUUCGAACAAACGCAGAUUCCUCCACAGGCUCACAAUGGAUCGUGUGACGAAGCCGCAGAAGAAAAUGCUCAUCACGCUGCUGCGGGAGACCAAGUACAUGGAGGGCAAGAAGGAGAAGGAGUGGUACUGGGAGAAGAUCCAAGCGGCGCUGAACACCAUCGGCCCCAAAAAGACCAUCAUACAAUGGAAGAAGUGCUGGCGGGACAUGCGGCUGACCACGCGGAAAAAACUGGCGGAGCUGAAGCGCUGUCAGCUGUCCGGGGGCUCGCCACCGCCUGGGAUUGAGCUUAACCAGGAGGACAACGACAUCAUCGACAUUGUGGGCACGGAGUACUUUUACGAGGAAAUGAACGGAGAGCUUAAGCCUGAGAACUUCAUGUCCGGGUUCGACUAUGCGCCCGAGCAUCUCUGUGACGCCAUUCUGACGGCGGCCGUGGGCCACCACCAGCAGCACAUGCAGCACCAGAAGGAUCCCCAGUCGCAUGCGGUGCAGCAGUCGCAGGAUCAUCACACCAACGAUGGGGAGACGAGCGAUGCGCCGGGCUCAUCUAACGGAGGCUCGUAUCAGGGCCAGGGUGUGGCACAGCUGCAGUCGCACAAUGGAGCUGGAGGGGAGCACGGUAGCGGGUCGCAGGCGCACCCGGGAUUGCCCCAACAUCCGGCCUUCCAUGGCAGUCUGCAUCCACAUCUGCUGCGGCGUCAGGCGGGCAGUACGCCUCUGCCCCGAGAGACGCCGUUCGAGGAGAAGCUGCUACAGUUCAUGCAGGAUGCGUUCCCCAAGAAGAGCAAGAAGCGCAAGCAACGCGAUCCGGACAAGCUCUUCCUGCUCUCGCUCUACGAGGAGAUCAAGCGAGUGCCCGAGGAGAUACGCCUUGACGUCAAGUCCGAACUAAUGCAGAUCCUGAAGAAGUACCAGAAGAAGUCCCCUGUCAAGGCGGAGAAAUCGUCGGCCUCCUCCACCUCCACGUCUUCGAAGCAGAGCACCAGCAGCAGCAGCGGCAGCUCCGUGACCGCGCACCUUUCGCACAGCAUGUACCAGCUGCAGAAGAAGUACGACAAGGGCGAGCGGGAAUCCUCGCCCCAGUCGCAGGUGGAGCGAGUCUCUGCCGCCUCGGCCGUGUCCCUGCACGUGCCCCAGCAGCUGCCGCUCUUUCAGCUGCAGAAGAAGUACGAGGAGAGCGUCGUCGAGAAGGCGCACCAGCAGCAACAGCAGCAGAGCGAGCAGCGCAAGCAUGUGGAGGCGCAUCAGCAGCAGCAUGCGGCCCACCAGCAGCCGCCGCCGCCACCGCCCAACGAGCAGCACCUGCACCACCCGCAGAUGGCCCACAACAUUAUGUUUCCGCUGGCGCAGCUGCGCAAUGAGCAGCAGCCGCCCACGCAGCAGCACCAUGCCCACAAUCCCCACCAGCAGCAGCAGCAGCAACAACAGCAGCAGCAGCAACAUCCCCACCAGCAGCAGCAGCAGCAGUCGCAGCAACAGCAGCAUCACCCGCCAACGAUCUUUGGUUCGGCCGCCAGCACAGCUGCAAUGAGCGCCGAGCGCCCGGCCAUGUCCUACGAAAAUGUCGGAUGAGUGUUGAGCCGUCUGUGGGAAGCCACUUGUGUGGCACCACGCCCCACGACGGUGUCACCCACGACGGCCGACACGCAGCCCCACUGUUAGUCCCAGUCCCAGUCCCAGCUGCCACGAACCAGCUCCUACUCCACUCGUAUUCGUCUAAUCCCCGCAUGCUAGCCUAUGCCUAAGCACGAUCUACAUUGUCGGAAUGUAGAGCCAUGAUAUGAUCAGAUCCUCAUGUAAAUGUUCCAGUGGCAAUAUAGAAGACCGAGCCGCGUGGCACGUGAAUUUAUCUCGAUGUAUACACAAAAUGCAAUAACUCAAAUACAACUUGUAUGUAUGUUUA